GAGUUCCAUUUGGUCUUUGUAACUCGUAGAUGCUCUACUGUACUGAUACUCACGCCAACGUCUUUUGAUAUGAAGCGCCACACUGAGUCUGAAGGUUGUUCUUUGUGUCCACCACACAAGGGUGCGCAGCUUCCGUCAAGGCCGGUUUCUAUACUCAGGUUCUGGGAUGGAAUGUAUGAAAACAGUCACGGAAGUCGCACCAUAUGCUUUUCCUGUUCCCUUCCAUUUCCAAAGCUGUAUCUUUACGGUUCACAGUGAACAACAAUGGCGUCUAUCUAUCACAUUCGCCAUCUAAACGGCCUCCUGAUGGCGCUGGGGUUCACAGGAUCCCCGCUGUCAUUCGGUCUGUUUUCCUCUGGACCGAGGUUUUUGUCGGUGGCCGACGUUCUGAGAUGGCUUGCACUCCAAUGUACCGGCGUCAAAGAACUACCAAAGCGACCAUUAGAAAAUGCAGACGAUCGAGUGGCUUUUGUCGAACAAAUCUCCGAAUUGUUAGCCCGGCACGCGAGUUUCUGCCUCGAUGUAGAGACCAUAUAUGCCGCAGAGGGUGCGGCGGUAAAGGAGCUCAUCAGACUCGCGAGGACGCUCCUUAACGCAGUUCAAAGCGCCAUAAACCGGCCUGCCCUUCCUGCUACAUUAGAAAAGCAGUUGCAAACCAUCAGCACAUCAACUGCAGUAGAGCUGAUGCCCGUUUCUAGAGGGGACUGUGUUGGCCACUCGGCAGGUCGGCCUGACGGAGCAUGUUGUAUCGACCAGCUUGCCAUGGCAGCCAAACUUCAGCAACUGAACCUUUCUCGCUCCGCGGCCUCCCAGUUGGUUGACACUGCGGCUUCUCUUCUGCAGGCUUUCGAGCGCCACAGCAGGCCGGAACGUGUUAUUCUUCGACGACGCGUUCGGGAUUUCUUGCUGAGACUAGGUCUGCACUUGGACAGCGGCGCCGACCAAGAGCUGGAGCACAUUCAGCUUCAGCUUGCGGAGCAACUGAGACGGGCAAAAGCGGAUCUUCUGGAUACGCAACACGCGUGUCUUGACCUAGAGAAUGAAUUGACUCAGGACAGCGACCGAGCACAGAAGCGUUUGCAAUCCCUGCAGAAUUUGAAACCAGCCUUCCUGGAAGAUCACAAGAAGCUUAUGGCAGAGCUCCAAGAGACCUACGACAUGUACGUCGCCUGCGUGCGCAACGAGCGAUUUCUCGAAAUGGAAGCGGAGAAAAGACAGGCAAAGGCGCGAGCGGGGCUGCUCGAGCAGCAGAAAGUCCUUCAAAACAUCCAACAGAAAAUGAAGGACGAAGCCGCUAACCUUCUGGCGUGCAGGUUCGACAGAGGCACGUCCGAUGACGAAGAGGAGGGACAGAAGGAAUCCGUAAACUUAGCUCGGAAGAGAAGGUCGACCCGAGAGAGUCAGGAAAGUAAGCAAGAAGAAACCGAAAACCCGUUCACUGCUUCUGGAAGACAGCUCCCGGCUGAGACGUCGCGUCGAAGGCGACCACAAAGGCGAGGCAACGGAGAAACGACAGAAAGACGAAGCUCUGACGAUGUUGAAUUCUCUGAGGACAUGCAGGGAAACGGGGUACGCAAAGGAAAUCAGUUCACUGUUGCAAAAAGGUGAAACGAUCCCUCGAUUCCGGUGAAAUGCUGGAGAGGGACGCAAAACCUCUAGGGCAAGCAGAACGCCCUUCCUGAGUACGCCUGUCGCAACUUUCCAUCGGUGCCCAUUUUACUCCUGAUUUUCUGACCUCUCUUGUUUCCCCUUUCCUAACGUUUCUCGGUUCGUUUUGCAGAUCCUUUAGCCUGUGCCCUGUCGUCUCUUCCACGAUUAGCCUUUCUUGUUCUUCUGUCAUUCCACAUAUUUUCCCUCCUCAGUUAUCACCCAGAUCUGGCGUGUGUAACGCUAGUGGCAUUCAGUGGUUCUUUCUUCUCCCUUUGGUUCUCGAAUCAGUACCCUUCCUUUUCUUCUCUGCUCGGAUUGUCUUCUCGUCUUUCCCUUCUUUCUUGCACGCUUUCUCGCAGAUGCUUCCCCUCCAUUCUGUGUUGUUUGCCUUGUUUUCGCUCCUGUCUCUUCCUUCGAAAAAACCCAAUCCUUAGCUGUCUUCGUUUUUAUCGAUCAGGUGCCUCGAAGCAGGCAUCACGGGAACCCUCGGGCAACAUGUUCCUCCCCCGCAUGUGGUGAGGACUUCGACAGCUGCGCGAGCCAACGAAACGAGAAUAUUGGACGGAUCAAUGCAUACCUACACGUGUAUAGACGCACGCGCAUGAAAAUAUAUAGAUGUAUAUAUAUGUAUAUAUACAUAUGUAUAUGCGUCUACAAAUGAAGAGGGAUACAUGAAUACAGAUACAUAUUUUUUAUAUGAUUAGACGUGCAUAUUAGUACGUGUGUGGUACCACUGGCAACAAGCAACAUGGAUCAGUCUACUGUGAUAGUGUAUUUUAACGCUUCAAGUAUUUAAAUCCGCCCAGUAGGGUUUUCAAAUUUAGCGUAGCUGCACGUUCCCUUGUACCGCAAUCUUGUGCGGCUGUUCCGUCUCUUCUGCUCAAUUUCGUCUCUCUGCCCACGAGAAGUGAACUUGUCUUCGGUCAGUCUCUACACGAAAAGGCUGCUGACUGUGUAAGCCCCGUUGCGACAUCUGCUCCCUUCCCCCCCUAACAAGGCGACCUCACGGUUAGUUUUGUACAGUUUCCGUAUCUGUCUCCUUCCCUUCUCUUCUCUCUCUGUCUCUUCCUGUUCGCAGUCACGCCCUGUUCCCGUCUCUUUUAUUUCUCCGCUUCUUCAGCUUCCUGUUUGUUUUCCCUGAAUUAACUUCUUGUCUCUCCUUCUCUGCGGCACAGGCGAAGACUCGCAGUCCUCGUCUUUCUCGCAAGAGAGGGGAGACGACUCUGUGUUUGACAGUGACAGCUGCUUCUCUGAGGAAGAAGACGAGGAAACGCGAGCGAGAGAAGAGUUAAACAGUCAACACGAUUCACACACGCACACUCGGAGGGUUUGGGGGAAAGAGAAGGAAGGAAAACUUCCCAGUCUCGACUUCCAUACUUUGAUGAACAUUGAGGAAGAUCUCGGUGAAGAAAGUGACGCUGCUGAAGAAGUCCUCACAGCGACGGAACGCCGACGAGCAAAUGAAAGGGCUUAUCGGCAGGCAAUGGAAGAGACCCUUUUUUAGAAAGUACCUGUUCGUAUGGGAGUAGCGCUAAAGUGUUGAUUCGUUACGGCGUCCCACGACUCUCAUCACGAGGCAUUUUCCUCGUCAUGUGAGUCCACUUUUUCUCCAGUUUCCUUGUUUUCGUUCUUUCUUUGUCGCCUUCAUGUCUUCUAACAUCUCGUUUAUCGUGAUCCGUGUUAUCGUUGAAUUGUCGCCCCGUCUGAGCCUCAGCUUUGACCCGACACUUGCCUGCCGUUGACUUCUGUUCUCGUCGAGACUGACCCUUCUUCGCUUCUCCUUUUGGCGGCUUUGUGCUCGACACCUGCUCUUCAAUGAAUCCCCUUUCUCUGCAACGGCGAUUUUUUUUAUCUUGCAUGUUUCGUGUCCUUCUUCGUUCCUUGUGAAACCUUCCUGUUUCCUCUGUUGUCUUUUCAUUCCCACGUCCUCCCGUCAUUUUUCUUCCUUACCCUCGAGCUCUUGGUUCUUCCCUUUCACCACCCUAUCGACUGUCCUCUUGAGGCUUUCUUCCUCUGUGUUUUGCCCGUCUCUCGCCUUUCCUCUCUCCUCGGCCUGUCUCCCUGGGCUGCUUUCCUGUCUGUAUCCCUCACUCCGCCCCUUCCUCCUCCGCGAAUUCUCCGUUUGACUUUUGUCUGACACCGGCGUUCUCCAAUUAUUGCAAGAGCUUGCGAGAUCUCGACUAGCUCACUUCUUCGGCUAUCCCGAGAAAUCCCUUACUUUU